AUGGUGUUCAUCUUGCAGAUCACGUUAAACCCUGGAGAGAUAGGUGGAGAGCCGGUUGGUGAGGCAGAACAUAUCCAGUCAGUAUCGCAGGUCGGCAGUGCCUCCUCUCUCAAUGCGCUCAACUUCAAUGCUUCAUCUCUCCCAGGUAGCGCCAGCGUCACGCACCAAAGUUUGAUUACUUCGGUGCCCAACCUCCAAGCCUUGCAGCGCGUUCGAUGGCUCCUGGGGCAGCCACAGCGUCGCGUCCUAUUUAUCACAGGAAGUUCUGCGCCUAACCCGCCUGUGCGUGCUGCGCUAGAGCGAGACGCAUCCGCCUUUGAGCUUGAGCGUCGCGGUCACGGAGUGUUUGGUGUCCGCGAGUUUUGUCAGCUGCUACUGCGCGAGAGUGGACGCGAGCGCCGAGUCUUCAGCCGCGCUCAGUUGACGGCGCUGCUUCUGUACAAUGCACCGGAAGCACCGGGCGUGUCUCGUCUCGCGGGCAGAUCAACGCUUCAAAGACGCAAAGGGAUACGGGACUUGCUGCAGUUCUUUCGGCUGUUGGAACAAGAGGGCAUCAUACCGGAGCAGUACGCGGCCGUAGCCGCGGCUUCUGGGGAACAAUUGCCUCAGGAACUAGCGGAAAUGUACAGGAAAUAUCAGGAGCUACUGAUGCAGCACGACGUCACAUCUUGGGACGGUCUGGUGAUGGAUGUGCUGGAACUGUGUGGAGUGCAGAAGAGUGGCCUUGCAGUGCAGGGAGCUACAGCUAAAGAAACGAGUAAAGCGGUGCUGAAGGACUACACGGACAUGGUGGUGGACGAUGUCCAGAGGAUGACGCCUGCGAUGGCGACUCUUGUUGGGCAUUUGUGUGGCCAACCGAGUGUCCAGUCCAGUGCCAGCUUCAGUCGCGUACUAUUUGACAGAGACGAAUGUUCACAUACGCAGAUUUUAGAGCAGCAAUUACUGAAGACGGCAGUGAGUAUAGGCCGGGAUUGCAGUGUGACUCGUCUCUCCUUGGACGUCGAAGACGCGAUUACCAACAAGCGAGCGAAGAUGCAAGCUUUUGCAAAGCAGGUCUUGGCGCAGAACGUGGGCAUCACUACACCAUCUCCUGUCCCAUUAAAGUGCUGGAGUUUCGUGAAAAUCGUGCAGAGCUUCCUGGAGGAGACGGGUCGACUGGAAGCACUACUAAGUCCCAGCUCACCGAAACAGGAACGCGAGUCUGUAGUACUAGCAGAUUUUUUACGAGAACUCGAGAGUGCACAAAAUGUGGUAAAGAGUGGUCAAGUGACGUUCGUGGUGCCGUAUUUGCAACAGCUGAGGGAAACCAACUUGACGUCAUCUGUAUCAUUAGAAGACGCAACAGACAUACUUAGUUCGAGCGCGUCUGGGGGGCAUUCAGGCAUUCGUGUACUUCCACUGACAGCUUACGCGCUCGAGUCGCUUGCAGCUUCAGUCUCUGGCGAAGAAGAUAAUCAGCAUGUGCUGGUGUUUAUGUCGAUGCGUGAUAGCAAGUUCCCUGGACGGAUGAAGCGACUCACGCUCCCACUCCCGUAUGAGCUGCUUAGUGAACCGUACCCGGUGCAGACACGCACUGAACACCUUGAGCAGUGUGAACAAAUCGCUUAUCAGGCCUUAACAAUGGGAGAGUACAGUGAGGUGAUUAUUUCUUUCGCGGAGCUUGCAGACCCCUCUACAUCCAAGCGUGAGGUGUUUAGCCGAACUUUUCAACCGAUCUGGCAUGAAGGUGACCCACCAGCAAUCACCAAAGGCAAUGUUAACAACAAGGCGGGAACUGAAGCGAGCGAUGCCACUUCACCCCCUCAACCCUCAUCGCUUAAACACUCGUCGACAUGUCAAGCCAUCUUACACGGCGAAGAAGCAACCGAGGCCUCGCUCGUUUGGUUGUCGGAGGUGGCUCAACUAGUGCGCAAGCUCUUGAAUCGCGUGUUUCUUCCGAUUUUUCAUUACGAGGAGCGUCAAGCUGCCACAGCAAAGACGAGCAGUGAUGAUGGUAAUGCGACUUACUCCGAACAGAAUCAAGACCCGAUGAGUAUGAAGAAGCCGCCUGCUAAACGACCGGAAACGUCUAGUGCGAGCAGUGUAAACAGUCAUCGCUCACCUGUCCCAGCAGCAACAAGAGCAUCGUAUGAGCCUUCUCACUUGUCAUAUUCGCAGAUCUCCGAGUACCUUCGUUGCCCACAUCGAUACUACCUCAGUCGAAUAAUGAAACUGGAUGGAGACGUUUCCACCUCGAUGAUGUUUGGGCGGGCACUGCAUGAAGGUAUAGCAGCGUUUGCCAAAUCUAUCGCUGCUGCACAACGGAACGAUGAGAUUACAGAGGAGGUGAAGACGCUCGCAGCUGUAGAAGCCGAGGAAGCUUUCAGGGGUGCCUGGGCUGGUGACGGAUACGGACUUUUUACCUCCAAGGAAGAGGCCUCGUUCGUGCUUGAGCGAGCUAUGAUGGCGCUGUGGGAAUUUAUUGAGACUCACUAUGGUGACUUGCAGCUGAAAGAGAUUGUCCACGUCGAGAAGGAUUUUUCCUUUCACGUCCCCGAAGCCAAUGUGGAGUUGCGCGGUGUGUGGGAUCGCAUUGACCGAGUCUUUAAUCCUAUUGGCGAUGGCUCGUUCUCUUUAGUCAUCAAGGAGUUCAAGUCGAAUAUGGGCGGCGCUGAUCGCAACAUGCGUAAGCUCGCAAGUGACAGUUUACAGCUUAAAAUGUACAUGUACGCCUUCACAACGGUAUUUGGCGAAGCACCGCACGGGGCGAAGCUGCAGCAGAUCGAGCAGGCAACGACGACAACGGGUUUGUGCACUUCUCCGAGGAGGCAGCACAGGAAGCUGUAG